CUCGUUCAGCCAGUCGUGCGACCUGAAGUUGCUUAGCGAUGUCCUCUAGCGAUCAGAGCCCAGGCGCCAUGCCCGCGUCGGGCACCGCCGAGCCGUCGCCGCCGGGCAGGCUGACGGCGGUGUCCUCGCAGGUCCUCGACAUGGGCGCGCAGAUGGUGCAGGACCUGAAGCCGAUGCGGCAGAUGAAGCUGCACUCGUGCAGCUUCGCGCUCUAUGCCCACGCCCUGCACCGCCAGAUGGAGAUCCACCACUUCCUCUCCCGGCUCAACCAGGACGUCCUCCAGUGCGCCGUCUACGACUCCGACAAGCCCUCCGCUCGCCUCAUCGGCGUGGAGUACAUCGUGUCGGACGCCAUCUUCGAGGGCCUGCCGCCGGAGGAGCAGCGGCUGUGGCACUCGCACGCGUACGAGGUGAAGGCCGGGCUGUGGACGGCCGUGGGCGUGCCGGAGGCGCUGCAGAGCUCGGAGAUGGCGAGCCUCGCCAAGACGUACGGCAAGUUCUGGUGCACCUGGCAGGUGGACCGCGGCGACGCGCUGCCCCUCGGCGCGCCGGCGCUCAUGAUGUCGCCGCAGGCCGAGGACCCGGGCCGCGCGCGCGCCGACCUGGUGCGCGGCCGCGACGAGAGGUACGGGGUCGACACCUCCGCGGGAGGGCUCAAGGCGGCCAGGGUGGAGAUGGACGAGCCGGAGUGGAUCAACCCCAACGCCGACUACUGGCGGCAGCACGGCAAGGGAUUCGCUGUGGACGUCGUCCCGGCCGAGAUGAAGCGCCACGCGCCCUUCCCGUGAGCCAACAACGAUUUCUUCCCUUGUGACGGUGACGCGUGCUUGUAAGAUCGAUGUUGUAGCAUGUACCAAACUGAUCGAUGCCCUUCCGUGUCGGAGGAAUAUGUCCAGCUCCUGUUGUGUGCUUUUCAAGCGCCCAAGUCCUGUCCUUUCUGCAGACUGAAACCUGAUGAACCCGUCGUCCUGUAUUUCCUCGUAUCUGAAACGUGAUGGGACCGAACCCAGCGCGAGUGUACAAUCAGAGGCCGUCAGAGGCUC